AUGUGCGCGGGAUUUAUAUGGAACGUGAUGAUGGUCGCCGCACCCGACGAUGACGACGACGGUUCAUUAGCGCGUCUAUUGAGCCGUUUCCGUGGGGGGUUCGAAAGUUUUCCCCGCUCACUCGUCGGCCCGUCGUCGUCGACCGGCAAGAGGGCGACGGAAAAAAAAACCUUCGAUCUCGAUUUCCGGUCUGCGAAAAAUCGUGACUUAACCGUUUCGCCGCCAUCGCCGCCGCUGCAAUACGUACACACACACACGGACGGCUAUGAAAUGCGCGCGUUGGAAAAUAAUCAAUUAGAGAGUUGA